AAAUUGAUUUAAUCCAAAUAAUUAAAGUAUUUUAAUUUCCCCAUGUCUCUCAAUUUCAACGACGUUCCCGUGCAAAAUUUAGAACAGCUGCGGCCGCGUCUCACGCAGCUCACGCAUUCCCUUCGCAAGCUGGAAGACAGCAUGGCGGCAAGCGCGACUCUGCCCAACUGGUCGAACCUCCAAAACCAGUACAACGUGAUCCUGUCGCAGCUGACGUCCUUCAGUCGGACGAUGGACCUCAACAAGGACGUUCUCAAACACACCAACGUCUAUCCAAACACCGAGUUUGACACAACACAAUUCGAGGGCCUUCUGACCACGCUUCUGCGCAAAAAACACCUGCCCGAGGUGGCAGAAUGGAUAGAGAACAACAUGACCGACGUUUCGCGCGAAGACCUGGCCAAGGACGACCAGGUCGCUGCAGAUUACCUGAAGCUGUCGGAAGAGCUGCUGGGCGAGUUCUCCUUCGACGACAGCACGCCGCUCGAAGGAUCCGACAAGCCAGAGACGCCGGGGGUGGACGUGUACAAGUUCAUGUUUGGCGGCGGUGCCAAGUAGCGAGCGAUAAUACAACUAGUGCGACGACCUGUAUUUUUUCCCGUAGACGAUGCGGGCCCGUUUGCGGUCCAACUCCUCGCGCAGCCGUUUGAAAGAGCUGCCGUAGUUUAUUCCUCCGUGCACCAGGUCCUGUUUGAGCAGCGUCUUGCAGUAGUCCUGGUUCCACCGCGGGUCGUCUGCUGCGAGCGGGAACUCGUUCCACCGGAUUGCAAACUGCGUUGCAAAGCUGUUGUAGUGUUUUUUGUUUUUCAACCUCUCGCUGCACAGGUCCUUGGUCAUCACAUGGAUGUGCAGAUUAGCCAUAGACGGGAUAGAAUGGCAGCACACCAGAAUAUAGUCUGCAAUUUCGCCGCCAGGGACGGCGUAAUUCGGCGGCCAGUUGGACACCACCAUCUCGCGCGCCUUGCCGAUGUAUUUCUCCAUUUUUUCCCGAAACUCGUGGUCUGCAAAGGCCUCCUGAGGUCUCUCGAGAGUCUUGUCUGUUGGAAUCACGAGAUAGUGAACCAGACUCUUGGGAUACAAGUCUUUGAUGAUCAGUGCGUUGUCAUCGUGAAAGAGCAGCCCCGGACACGAGCCCGGGUCCUUGAUGUAUUU